AUGAGCCCAACAUUGGGAAAGAGAUCGCGGGCUGUGCUCGAGGACGUCAGCCCACAGACACCUCGACGAACAACCAGAACAAUCAAGCCAGUUAUCUACGACGCGGAGAACAUUGAUCCCGAGGUGCUUGACGAUGAAGUCCUCGACAUCCUCGAGGAUCUUCCCUCCACCAAGCGUCAGCGCACUGCAAGUAAGAGGGUUCCCGUGACACCAACGACGCCAAGGCACCGCCAUGUGCUGUCCGACUCCCCAUCUUCCCCGAGACAUGUGGUCAUGUCCGCUGGCAGACUUUUCAAGCGCAUGACGCCCUCAUCGCCUUUGACGCCUUCGGCGGUACAGACUGUGUAUCACUCAGCCCGUCAAGUGUUCACGCACGGCGCUGAGCCGGGUACCCUGGUCGGGCGGGAAGAGGAGCGGGCAACAUUGACAACCUUUUUGGCGAAGUGCGACGGCAAAGACGCGAACGGUUGUCUGUAUGUGAGCGGGCCUCCCGGCACAGGCAAGAGUGCCAUGAUCACCGAGCUUCUGCAGCCUUACUCUACCCGAAAGGAUGUCAAGUCCGUCUACAUCAACUGCAUGAGCUUUAAGUCGUCAAAGGACCUCUACAACAGUUUGCUUGAUGCCCUGGGCGAGGGCGAGGACAGAAAUGAGGCAGACGCCAUGUCAGCUCUGCAGGCGGUCUUGUGCCAAAAGAAGCAAGGGUCAGCAUUGACAUGUCUCGUCACAUUGGAUGAGAUUGAUCACAUCCUCACCCUGGGCCUGGAGAGUCUCUAUCGCCUGUUUGAGUGGUCCCUCCAGAGCCCCUCGCGUCUUCUCCUCAUCGGCAUCGCCAACGCUCUCGACCUGACGGAUCGUUUCCUGCCUCGUCUCAAGUCGCAAAACCUGAAGCCCGAGGUCCUCCCAUUCUUGCCGUACAGCGCCCCACAAGUCAAGAACAUCAUCACCACACGACUCAAGUCUUUAUUGCCAGCGGGCGCCAAGGAAGGGUUCGUUCCCUUCAUCCAUCCCGCGGCCAUUGAGCUUUGCUCGAGGAAGGUGGCGAGCCAGACGGGUGAUCUGCGCAAGGCAUUCGAGAUCUGCCGCCGAGCGCUGGACCUCAUCGAGCAGGAAGUUCGCUCCAAGCACGAAGACGAGGCGAGGGAGGAGCUCCUACAGAUGACACCAUCAAAGAAGCCACUUGGCGAGAAUAUCAACGGAGCCUCAUCCGAGCGCCGAAGCAUUGUGCAGAUCAUGGCCAAGUCUCUGAAGGAGCUCGCGGCGGAGAAAGCGCCAAGGGCGUCCAUUGGCCACCUGAACAAAGUCACAGCAGCGGCUUUCAGCAACGGCACAACGCAGCGGCUCAAGGCCCUGAACCUGCAACAGAAAGCAGCCCUCUGCGCUCUCGUGGCUUACGAGCGUCGCGCACGGGAGAAGGUCAAGGCAUCCGCCGAGGGCACGCCCUCCAAGUCACGCACCCUCGCGCCUACUGUCAGGAUCCUCUUUGAUACAUACAGCACAUGCUGCACGCGCGACGCCGUGCUCCACCCGCUCUCCAGCUCCGAGUUCCGCGAGGUGGUCGGCAGCCUGGAGACAUUGGGCCUGGUAAAUGCAGUGGAUGGCAAGAACGGGAGCUUUGUUACGCCCCAGACACCGAGUCGCAAGGGUCGCAAGCCCACAGCAGCCAGUGGCGAUGAUAGGAGGGUGGCAUGUGCAGCGGGCGAUAAGGAUAUGGAGAGCAUGGCGGAGGGGAUCGGCGCGGGCAUACUCAAGGCCAUUUUGAGUGGAGAGGCAUUGGACUGA